UUUUAGAAAAUUUUUUUUUCAGAAAUAUUAUGAGUGAUCAACAGUUCUGUUUAAAAUGGAACAACUACGCUGUAUCUGUUACUUCCGUAUUCCGGGAACUACUGGCUGAGGAACAGAUGUGUGAUGUUACUCUUUCUACACAGGAUAAAAAGAUCAAGGCGCACAGAAUUGUUCUGACGGCUUGUUCAGCUUUCUUCAAGAAUAUUCUCAAGGAUGUCAACGCAUGGCAGCACCCUGUAGUCUUUCUGAAGGAUAUGAAGUACUCUGAUCUGCGAGGAAUAAUAGAGUUUAUUUAUCAUGGAGAAGUUAGCAUUGAUCAGAGUUCUCUUUCUUCAUUCUUACAGGCAGCAGAGAGUUUAAAGAUCAGAGGUUUGACGGAAGAUUGUAGAAAGGGUCCUGAAACUAAGAAGGUGGAUCCACCCAAGGAAGUUCCUCCUAGAUUGAAAAGUGAUAUGGUUCCUGGUGAGAAGGUGGAGGUGUACAGCAGGGAGGAGGAGGAGGAGGAAGAAGAGGAGGUGGAGGACGGGGUUGGGGAGGGGGUGGAAGAGGAGGAUAAUCUCAAUUAUGAGAUGGACGAAGAAGAAGAAGAGGCCAUGACGGAGCAAGAAGUAAAAAAUUCGAGUUUAGAAAAUAUUUAUGACGGAAAUUGUUUGGAAAAGUUUGAGAAUGAUGAGAUGUAUCUGGGUUCUCCAGGUCUUCUCCUGGAUCCAAGCCUAGGUAUACCUGGAUCUAAUCCAGCCCUGCUCGGAGCUAAGAAGACCUGCCCCUACUGCUUUCAGCAGCUCUCCUGGCACGCACUCUCCAGGCAUAUCAGGGAUAUGCAUAAAGCAAAAUCAGAAUUGGUGAACUGUCAGUACUGUUUGAAAACCUUCAGGAACAAGAAUUCUCUUGGUUGCCAUAUCUGGAGGUUCCAUAAGCGGGGCAGGGAACCCAAACAAACAUUCACUCAGAGCCUCAGCUAAAACCUUGUAAUCAAAAACAAAUUGAGAGUUCAGCUUUUUGUGUAAAAAUUGCUUUAAAAAAGUUGUUUUGAUUUCCUUUGUUGCCCUUCGAACUUUGUAUUUUUUUUUUAACUUUGGAUUUUUUUUUUAACUUUGGAUUUUUUUUUAUAGCUGAAUUUAUUAAACUAUUCUCAAACAAAAGCAUCACAUCACUUUGUAUUUUUGGCUUUCAGUACUAGUAAUUAUUGAAACUGAAUACAGUUUCUGACAUUUAUGUAUUUUAUUUGAAAAUUACUAAAUCUAAAUUUAAAUAAUUGGUACUGAUGGCUUUGUUAAUAGAAAUUUACAAAUCUCGACCUCCACUAACCAUGGAAUGCGGCUUAGCCUUGCAAUGCACUCUCUUGAAAUCUCAAGAGUUUUUGAAGAAUUUGAAACGAAUUUUUUUCAUGGUAAACUUUUAGUGGAUUUUUUGAUAAUUUGGUUUAGACCAACCACAUUUAAAAAUAUUACCUUUAAUAAAAAUUAGAAAAUUAAUGUUAGUAGUUUCAAAAUAUUUUGCCAAAAACUGGAAAUGUCAAACUCUAUUUCAAAUGAAACAUUUCUAAAAAUAUAUUGCCAAAAAUUAAAAGAAAAAUUGGCAAUAAAGGUUUGCACCACCAUUAAUAUUAAAUGGUUUUUCUAUUUUUAUACGUUUUUUACCUUUUUUAAUCAAAAUGUAAAACUUGUUAAAUGAUUGAAUAUUGUAAAUAUAUACACAAAGCACUUCUGCAAUAAUAAUCACCGACU